CGAGGAACCUACAAAUAACAUGAUCGCCGAUCUCCAGAUCUUGAUCUUAUUCAGCUCCGUAUGUACUUCUACUUGCACCUACGCAAUAAUUGCGUCACUUCGCUUGCGCUUCAACAGGUAGUGAUUGCCUCUCCAAUUUAAUUUCUGAGUUCCUCUCCCUCUACUGAAAUGUGAUUUUUAUCUCUUCUAUAACAACAUACAACAAGUACAACAUCUUCACGACCAAACAAGAAAAUGUUCGACAUUGCUUGGAACGUUACGGACGAUGCCUUUCAUGGUAGAGGCAAAUACGAACCCGACGCUGACGUCGUCUUGAAACGAGCUGUAGAAUCCGGCGUUCAGGGGUGCAUCAUCUGUGGUGGCAGCGUAGAGGAUUCUGCAAAGGGUCUGGAGAUAUGUGAGAAACUAGAUCCUUCAACGACCUCUACUACUGCAGGUGACAGCUGCCAGUCAGGACGAAGCCACCAAGAUUUGAAGCUGUUCCAAACUGUUGGCGUCCAUCCUACCAGAUGUGCUGACUUUGAGCCAGAAAGGGACCUUGGAUUACUCAGAGACUUAAUACAAGGCGCACGACCAAAAAAUAGAGUCGUUGCAUUUGGCGAAUUCGGUUUGGAUUACGACAGAUUGCAGUUCUGCUCGAAAGAAGCGCAACAAGCGGCGUUUCGCGCUCAGCUGGGACUUGCGAGAGAAUUGGCGUUACCGCUGUAUCUACAUUGCAGAGGCGACGGGUGCUGGCAAGACUUGAAGGAUAUCAUGAUGCUGUUAUGGCAUGCUAGGAUCACAUUUGCUUACUAGAUCAGAUGAAGUUUCAGUUUAUUUCUAAUUCUUCGUUUUUGGAAGUAGAGUAGACAGAGUAGGACAUGCCGAUGAAUUUUCUAAUUCUUCCUUUUUGGAAGUAGAGUUGUAGACAGAGUAGGACAUGUCGAUGAAGAAGAAGUAGAUGAUCGAUUUCUCACUGUUGUUGUCGGGCUUCCUGUACUUCUGUAUCUUGUCUUCGUUCUUCUAAUAUUUGGUAUGAAUUCGCCUGCCACCGCCAUGCCAAACGGAGGAGUGGUGCACAGUUUUACAGGCACACUAGAAGAGUUAAAGGAGCUACUGGAUUUUGGCCUUGACGUCGGAGUCAACGGUUGUUCUUUGAAGACCGAAGAAAACUGCGAAGUUGCCGCAUCGAUACCUCUAGACCGGUUGCAUCUGGAAACUGACGCUCCUUACUGUGAUAUACGAAGUACACAUGCUUCGUCGAAGCAUUUGACGAGUUAUACUACUCUUUCUAAGGAUCAUGGAAAGCAGGAGUACGCUGAGCAGCAGCCAGGAGAGUCUGAGCCGGUGGAGCACACUAGCAAAAACAUCAACCUAGACUUAAUCGACAUCCCUCACUUACUCCAACAGCAAACUCUAAAUCAGAAACUUCAGACUAAAAAAUUUGACCACGGUAAAAUGUUAAAAGGUCGCAAUGAACCUUGUAGGGUUUUGGAGGUUGCGCAGGUGCUGGCGAGUCUGAAACAACUUCCACUAGAGAAGGUCUUAGAUGUCACUGCACGAAACACAAGAAGACUCUUUCGGAUUGCCUGAUUUGUACCUGCAAGUCCUCCAUGUCACAUAAAUAUUCCUCUUGGCAAUAUCGCAAGAGCCAGCGUCAAUGAUGUCGACUUUCCAUUCCUGGACUGCAGAAGUAAAAGCCUCUGCGUUUUCCCGAGUAAAAAAUCUGAUGUUGUAUCUUGUCUGUGCCGCCUCGUCCUCUGAGAUACGAU